AUGUACGUGCGCAUCAACUCGUCGGUGCAACUGGCUGAAUAUGAUGACUACAACACGCUGAGUAAGAAUCCUACAAUCUCAACGUCGACCACAACGGAAGCCGACAUAGACCCGGAUCCCCUGAUCCCCCGCAAGAUAUGGCAAAUAUUCUUCACAGAGCGCAGCAGUACUGGCGCCCUCACCGAUAUCGACACAGAAAAGUUGUCCGACACGGCGUCGUGGCUGGCCAAGAACCCGGAUUACACGUAUACCCUCGUGGGUUCCAACGGAGGUGAUGACUUUGUGCGGCGGCACUUUGCCGACAAUUGGCCCAUUCUGCGCACCUAUCGGGCCCUCAAGAAUCCGGGACUCAAGUCCGACUUGCUACGAUACUUAAUCCUCUCCGUCGCGGGCGGCACUUACACCGACACCGAUACGGAGGCGUACCGGCCCAUCGACGAGUGGGUGCCGGCCCAAUAUCGGAAUCGCACAAGGGUUGUGGUCGGCAUCGAGUUUGAUCGUCUCGACGGACCCUUCUGGGCCGAUAUCCCUCAUGACCUACAAUUCUGCCAGUGGACCAUCGCCGCCGCCCCCGGACAUCCCCUUUUUAGCUCCAUGGCAAAUCGCGCUGUCGAGGCCCUACACGAGCUGGUCAGAGUACACAACACCACCCUACCGCGGCUUAAGGCCUCGAGUAUCGAGGUCAUGAACUCAACGGGGCCGGCGGCCUGGACUGAUGCCGUCUUUGAGCAGCUGAAGUUGGCCGAUCCAGUCGGACUCACUGACCUAAAGAACCUCAGCGGCAUAACGGAGCCUACCUUGUAUGGAGAUAUACUGGUCCUGCCAAUUGAUGGAUUCGGCAUGGGGCAGCCACAUUCCAUGAGUACGAAUGACGGAAGUAUACCCGAACAGGCCUUGAUGAGGCAUCAUUUCAGGGGGUCCUGGAGGGAUGAUUGA